GUGGGGAGCGAGGGAACUAGCUAGCUCAGUUUGUCGUCUCCAUGGCGACCGCCCGCGCGGCGCCAGCCUGACAGUCCGUCCCGGUUUUAUGAAUGGGUGACGUCACAGGCCUGGCGUCUAACGGUCUGAGCCGCUUGUUCAGACGCUGACACAGACCGGCCCGGGAAGGAGAGGGGGGAGACUAGCUCCGCAGCUGCUGCGCCGUGGGAGGGAGACCCUGCUCUGAGGUCUUUGAGAAAAAAAUUUAAAAAUGUAGCCAAAAAUGGGAAAAAACAUUUAAAAAUCACGAGUUGUUGCAGGUUUAGGAAAUUUUUGCAAGGGGCUGCAAAUUCAAGGUGGAAUCGAAUGCAGCCUCACUCCACUGCACUCUAUGUAGUUCACUUCCCAGCCAUCCAGCCUCAAACUUACUAGACCUUCCCGAAUUAAUUGCUCCGACCCGGGGGGGAUCUGAGUAGGCCCUGCGGGUCUCAGGAACACGAACAGCAACAUUAUCUAGAAAUUGAGAAACCCCAGGGGAGCAGAUGUAAAGGAGCGCCCGCUUUAAGUUUCGGUCCCGAUAUUUGUAGAUCAAGGUCCCACAGGUAUCUUCCAAGAGGGUCCGGAAACCCAGGCUCUCUGGGCUAUCCAGAGCCAGCCGCUUCUCCGUUCGGGCCUCAACUUCUCUCAUCUGUGAAAUGGAGCUGGAGAAGUGAGAAAGUGAAUAUGGGAAAAACUGAUUCCUGAGGUCUUUUCAUUAUAAGGCAAUGCCGGCUUAGCUUCCUUGCCUCUUUCACGAGGAGCCCAGUGCAGCCCUCGCCUCCACCAGCUGCCCUGCCACCCACCCACCCUAGCUGUUCUUGAAACUCGGGUAGUCUUUCCAGAUUGAGAGGGUGCACUAGAAAAGCAUAAGGCGGGACCUAGGAGCGCGGGCCACGCCCCCACACCGCCCAUUGGCUGCUUUUGAACGUUCUGAGCCCGCCCCUCCGGGGGCCGUGGCAUGUUUAUAAAAGACCUGCGGUGGCUACGCGCUUUCAUUCCACGUUCUUAACUGUUCCGUUUUCCACCUCUGCUUCGGGCUCCCGCCUUCUCCGUUCGCUUUGCCCAUUCCGUUUCAGCCAGUCGCCGGGAAUCAUGAAAGUAGCCAGUGGCAGCACCGCCGCCGCCGCAGGCCCCAGCUGCGCGCUGAAGGCCGGCAAGACAGCGGGCGGCGCGGGCGAGGUGGUGCGCUGCCUGUCUGAGCAGAGCGUGGCCAUCUCGCGCUGCGCCGGGGGCGCCGGGGCGCGCCUGCCUGCCCUGCUUGACGAGCAGCAGGUGAACGUGCUGCUCUACGACAUGAACGGCUGCUACUCACGCCUGAAGGAGCUGGUGCCCACCCUGCCCCAGAACCGCAAAGUGAGCAAGGUGGAGAUCCUCCAGCACGUCAUCGACUACAUCAGGGACCUGCAGUUGGAGCUGAAUUCGGAAUCCGAAGUCGGGACCCCCGGGGGCCGAGGGUUGCCGGUCCGGGCUCCACUAAGCACCCUCAACGGCGAGAUCAGCGCCCUGACGGCCGAGGCGGCAUGCGUUCCUACGGACGAUCGCAUCUUGUGUCGCUGAAGCGCAUUCCCCAGGGAUCGGCGCACCCCAGCCAUCGGGGGCAAGAGGAAUUAAGUGCUCUGUGGUCUCCCCAACGCGCCUCGCCGGAUCUGGGGGCGAACUAGACAGAUCGGCGGCCACUGCGCCCUUACAGCAUCCAGCCUAGGGCUGAGGGACUGGAGAGGAGAGGGCGACCCUCUCUCCACACCUACUAGUCACCGGAGACUUUAGGGGGUGGGAUUCCACUCGUGUGUUUCUAUUUUUUGAAAAGCAGACAUUUUAAAAAAUGGUCACGUUUGGUGCUUCUCAGAUUUCUGAGGAAAUUGCUUUGUAUUGUAUAUUACAAUGAUCACCGACUGAGAAUAUUGUUUUACAAUAGUUAUGUGGGGCUGUUUCUUUGUUAUUAAACAAAUAAUUUAGAUGGUGG